AUGGGUCCAAAGAUGCCUCACAGAGACCAAGAGUCCAUCUAUCCCAAGUACUGUCGUCUGAUGCUCAUUCUUUUUAAACCCUGGAGGUCUGUAACUGAUCUUAAACAGACAUUGCAAUCAUGGACUGAAAGCUUUGAGACAUUCAGAUGUACAUGUGAUGAGAAGGUUGUUUCCAUAUUGAACAAUAUGCAAAUAUUGCACGAAUGUAAAGACAGCUGGGAUGAUCAUUUCGCGAACCAUCGACUUUGA